GUAACGAUGGCAGCCGUGGGUCGGACGGAGCCGCUGCGGGAGCCCUGUUGUUACCAGCGCCGCUUCCGAGUGGAUAUUAAUAUUAAGAAGCCCCUUCAACCUACCCAUCUAAGCAGUGAGCAAAUAGCUGUGGAGAUCUGGUCACUCUGCUUCCAGCUUGAUCUUCUUAUUCGGGCAGAGGUGCAUCAGUUACAGGAACAGCUAAGAGAAGAUAAAAGCCCUGUGGAAUCAGAAUCUUUUCAUACAAGAGGUAUAUAUUAUGUUGAAAGAAUUAAACAUUUUCUGGAGCAUCUACCAGACCCUGUUCCACAGUUGGAGGAUUACCUGGAUUCUCAAGGAUUGUCCACAUUGUUUCCCCGUGUUGAAAUAUAUGUGAUCCAUGGGAGACCUGUCGAUAUGCUGGAACGGCCUACUACAGAUGAUUAUUUUUCCCAUAUUGGGAAACUAAAUCAACUUUUGGUUUUAAGUCAACAAUUGGAAGAUGAUGUUCAACAUCUGGGAAGUCAUAAGUACAUAGCACAUCAACUUUCAGUCUUGUAUAAAGUUUUGAAUUACUUCAGUGGAUAUAAUGCAUUUGAUGUACUAAUAAGAGACAUCGAAGCUAAUUUCAAGGCUUUAAAAUCUGCAUUGGCUGUUGUUGAGAGUCCUGAAGAGGAGCCUCUCCUGCCAUACCAUUAUGUAAACUGGAUACUCAGUCUUACUCGCAGUAUCAUCAAAACUGUGUCAACUCUUCCUGAAGAGCUUACUGAAGAACUCUCUUUGGUCAUGUCUUUUGCCACGAAUCUGAGAUGAUGCUCAAAGCACAAAAACUCUCUGAGUAUGCUAGAGACUUUAAGUAGAUAUGUGUUGCACAGAAGAAUAAUCUGAAAACAAACAGCAAUUAGUUCUUUUCGAACUUAAUGGUCAAGAAAUUCUAUUGCAUAAUGUGUGCUACAUGAUUGAAUUUCUACCAAUAAAACAUUUUGUUAUGGGAAGUCAGGGACUUAUUAUAUGAAUAGUAAAUAUGAAAAUCUGCUGGUGCUGGAAAUCUAGAGCAACACACACACAAUGGUGGAGGAGCUCAGCAGGUCUAUGGAUGGGAAUUAACAGUUGACGUUUCAGGCUGAAACCCUCCAUAAGGACUGCUAAAUAAGGGGGAAGAAGGCAGGAGUACAAGCUUGCAGGUGAUAGGUGAAACCAGGUGAGGGAGAAGGUGGGGGUGGGGAAAUAAAGUAAGAAGUUGGGAGGCGAUUGGUGGAAGAGUUAAAGGGUUGAAGAAGAAGGAAUCUGAUAGAAAAGGACAGUGGACCAUUGAAGAAAGGGAAGGAGGAAGGCCAUCAAAGUGAGGUGUUGGGCAGGUGAGAGUAAAAGCAGAAUGGGAAAAAAGACAGUAAGAGGAGGAGGGAGAAAUUUAAAGAAUUUAGAGAAAUUGAUGUUUGUGCAUCAAUAUGGAUGGUGAAGUCUGUAAUUUUGCUUCUGGUGCUUAAACAUAUACAUUGGUAUUCAAUGGCAUGCAGUACAUGCCGGGAUGAAACUGCCAUGGUUUUCACUAGUACAUUUUGGUUUUGGUUGGCUCUGGCCAGUCAUGCAGAGACACAACUUAGGAACACAUAUAAGGCAAGGUACAUGACUGGAUGAAGAGAGUCUAUGCCAUCGAGUCCAGGUCUGGUUGGCCCACUGUGGUUCUUCCCUUGCCCACAACAUUUACCACCUACUUUUGAUGAAGAGUACCCCAUAACCAAAUUGCAACACCAAUUUUAUUUUACCUCCCCUUCCCCAAUCCACAACUCAGUUGUGUCACCAUAUCUGCACUCGUACAUCAAUAGCUGAUUUUCCCUAAUACACUUCCAUCCAUUGUCCCUGGGCUUCUAUGCAGUUUAAUUUUGCUUAGUUUCAAUAAUAUAUUUGCUGAUUUGGUACAUCAGUAGAAACUUUGAAAUCAGUAGAAAGUUUGAUGAUCAGAGCUUUGUGUUCUGUAAAACAAAAUGGAUAAAAUGUUACCACAAAAAUAUAAUAAUGCAGAUGCUUGAAAUCUGAAAUAAAAGCUGGAAAUGCUGAAGGUAUUCAGUCAGCAUUGGAGAAGAGAGAAAUAAAGUUAACAUUUCAGCUA